AUGGCUCCGGCCCUGUCAACAAUCAAGACUAUUCCUGUCUAUCUCUUCACUAUCUCCCCUCGCUCGUCGAUUUUGUUGGGCCGCGGAUUGCUUCAUACUACGUCUUCUACUGCGUCCCCAUUGCCCUUCACCUCCCUUCGACACACCCUCCUGCGACAACAGCCUCUUCGCAAUCUCACCGGCCUCCGGUCCUCCUCCUCGUCCUUACGCACAAGUGCUCUGCAAAGCCAGGCCCGACAGUCAAGAGUGAAGCAGAAUAGCUUUUGGAAUCAAUAUUCCACAGUUGUCGUUCACAGUAGAGGAAAGGCUCGGUUUCGAAGAACAAUCAGCUUUUUGAUCAUCAGCACCUUGUCCUUCUUUGUCGGAGGCUAUUACGCGCUCACCUACGCUCCUCCUAUUCUCACGCCGCUCAUCAUGGGUUCCAUGCCCACCGACGUCGAGACACUCUCCCUCUACGAACCUCCCGAUGACUUCUCGCGCGAGGUGGACGAACAUAUCAGAAAUUGUGCUCUGGCACAGUCGCUACGAGCAAACCCGGAUUUCAAAGAAUCGAGACCGCACCUCAAAUUUCCCCCGGGAGUCCGACAACACAACCUGACCGCGGGGACUCUGGCCGGGCCUGGCAUGCUCGUGGUGCCGCCCUACAAUUUCAACGAGAAGGAUGGUGAAUCUAUGGUGCAGAUCUUCUAUGUUGGUGGCGACAUCUGCGGUCACCCGGGCAUUGUGCACGGUGGAUUCCUGGCGACAAUGCUGGACGAAGGACUGGCGCGAUGUGUGUUCCCAGCCUUGCCCAACAAGGUCGGCGUCACCGCGAACUUGGAGAUCAACUAUCUCAAGCCGACAAUGGCAGGCCAGUUCCUGGUCUUGAGGGCAAAGACCACCAAGGUGGACGGGCGCAAGGCUUGGGCUGAGGGAUGGAUUGAGAACCUCGACGUUCCUGAAGGAGAAGAACCGAGCAAGUUUGUGCAAGCCAAGGCUCUGUUUAUUGAGCCCAAACAUGCGAAGGUGUUACAGUCACUGUACAAGGUCACCGAAUAG